UUCGAGAAUUGCGCACUACUAGUUUGUCCCAGUACAGGAUCCGUACACGGCUUUUCCCUUAACACUGUCAUUCUUUUCAGUCGUGUAUGUUUUUGCAUAACUUUAAGCUUUCUAUGCAAUAUGGCUUUUCAGUGUCAGAGGGACUGCUACAUGCAAGAGUUUAUCACUACAGUGGCAUCAUGUUCUCCCGCUGAACUAAAACGUGAGAACGGCGGGAAGAAGGAGAAAGUGAAAGGCUUCAACGUCAUCCUCAAAGACACGAUUCUCUUUCCUGAGGGUGGAGGCCAGCCAGAUGACCGCGGGACGAUCGGGCCCGUGCCUGUCCUGCGGGUGACCAGGCAAGGUUCAGAGGCGGUACACUUUGUGGAGUCGGCGCUGGAGGUGGGAUCGGAAGCACGGCUGGAAGUGGACUGGGAGCGCAGAUUUGACCACAUGCAGCAGCACUCUGGGCAACACUUAGUUACUGCCUUGGCAGACAGUAUGUUUGGAUACAAGACCACCUCCUGGGAUUUGGGCCGCCAGCGCAGCGUCAUCGAGCUGGACACGGCUGCGGUGAAGCCCGGCGAGAUGGAGGCCCUGGAGGACGCGGUGAACCAGAAGAUCCGCGAACACGUCCCUGUCACCGUGCAGCUGCUCUCCCUGGACGAUCCCGCCGUGGAAAAGGUGAGGAGCCGCGGCCUGCCGGACGACCAUGCCGGACCCGUCCGGAUCAUCGACAUCGAGGGCGUCGACGCCAACAUGUGCUGCGGGACCCAUGUGUCCAACCUCAGCCACCUACAGGUUAUAAAGAUCCUUGGGACUGAAAAAGGAAAGAAAAACAAAACCAACGUGAUUUUCCUUGCGGGAAACCGGGUUCUGAAGUAUGCGGAGAAAAGCUACAGCACGGAGCGAUCGCUGACAUCCUUACUCAAGACUGGAGCAGAUGAUCACGUCGAAGCCGUAGACAAGCUGCAGAAGUCUGUCAAGGUGCUGCAGAAGAACAAUCUCAACCUUUUACGAGACAUGGCUGUGCUAAUUGCGGAGAAUUUCAAGAACAACCCCAAUCGGGGCGACUUGUUCUGUUUACACAGGAAGGACGGUGACAAUGAGUUCAUGAACAUUAUAGCCAAUGAGAUAGGCACUGAGGACACAGUGCUAUUCCUGACUGUUGGAGAUGAGAAGGGGGCGGGGCUGUUCCUGCUGGCAGGGCCAGUGGGUAUUGUGGAUGAGCUGGGACCCAGGGUGGCGGAGCUGUUGGAGGGGAAAGGGGCCGGGAAAAGGGGGCAUUUCCAGGGGAAGGCCAACCGCAUGGCCCGGCGCGGCGAGGUGGAGGCCCUGCUGCGGGAGCACAGCCGCCAUCGUGGCUCAGGGGAGGAGUAGGCGCGGCCUGUUCCCCCGGCCACCGCACCCCCGGACCGCUGUCUGUCUGUCACUCGAACGCACAGGUGCGCUCGCUCGCACGCGCAAACGGGAAGAGGCGUGCAGGUGUGCAAAUCCGCACGAGCAAACAGCCGAACGCAAAAGGGAUCAGGGAUCUCGCACUCGAAUCCUGGAGGGCCGCAGUCUGCUGGUUUUAAGCCUGCUUCAGUUUUUGGUGUUCAGACCUCUUCUUUUUAUCUACAUAUUCACCUAUUUUCAUCAAUCUCAGAUGACAUGCACUGUACUCCAGGAAAGUCGUGCAUCCUCUCCAGCUGAGUCAGGACAUUCAGAUGACCCCAAAAUACUGUGCUCUGGGUUGGAGGAGGGUGCACUGGAGGUAACUUUUCAAUAACUGAAAAUCCAUAAUCACUAACACACUGUCUCAGCUUUAUGAGGUUAAUAUAUUCUAUCUCAAUAAAUAACUUUCAGGAGAGUGAUGUUGUCAUCACUGGUGUCCAAUGGGGGAAGGCCUGUGCGGCGUUGCUGAACAGACGGGUGGAGGACUUUGGGGGCCGUA